AUAUACAUUCCUACUUUUAUCACCCUGUCCCUUAUACUGUUCUCUAACUCAGCAGUAUGUGUUGCUUGAAAUGCUAGCUAACUGAAAGCUAAGCUAACUUCAAUAUCGAUAAAUGCUUGCAACGGAUUUAAGAUAACUCUGGGCUGAUACGUCUGAUAAUAUCGACGAAAGAGAUCUCUGCUUGCUCAUUUAACAAUUAAUCGUGCAGGGACUGGAUUAACCAUUACAGUCCUCCGACAGCUCAAGUUGAACUUUGACACACUGUGCAGUGCAGGGUGGUGUGCAAGGAGACGAGAGGAGACGCUCACUGCCCCUGUGUUAUUCACACAUCACCGAACAGUUUAAACUUUACAUUUAUUUAAGCGUCGUGUUCCUGCAAGGUAAUCUAAGAAGCCACUGACACCCAAGAUGACAUCCAAGAAAGUGGUCGAGUUGUUCUACGAUGUGGUUUCUCCAUACUCCUGGCUCGGCUUUGAGGUGAUGUGCCGCUACAGACAUGUGUGGAACAUAGAGCUCAAACUGAGACCUGCUUUUCUGGGCGGCAUCAUGCAAGGAUCAGGCAAUAAGCCUCCUGGCGUGGUUCCAAACAAGUUCAUGUACAUGACGAACGACCUGCGCCGCUUGGCGGGAUAUUUUAAUGUUCCCUUGGAGACUCCAGCUGACCCUUUCGAGGCCAUGUUCAAAAAAGGCUCUAUGUCUGCAAUGCGAUUUGUGACAGCAGUGCAAGAGAGGGAGAAGGGUGGAGACAAACGGGUUGAGCAGGUGUCCCGAGAGCUGUGGAGAAGGAUCUGGAGUGAGGACAAAGACAUCACUGAGCCCGCAUCGUUGUCCGAGGCGGCGAUCAAAGCAGGAUUGUCUGACAGCGAGAUUAAAGAAGCACUGGCGCUGUACAACUCCGAGGAGAUCAAAGACAAACUGAAAAGCUCAACAAAAGAAGCGCUUGAUUAUGGGGCGUUUGGCUUCCCCAUGAUAGUCUGUCAUGUAAACGGAAAGCCAGAGAUGUUUUUUGGAUCUGACAGAUUUGAGCUCAUGGCCCACUGCAUUGGAGAGAAGUGGCUGGGACCUCAGCCUCACUCAGCUGUCAAACUGUGAGAGGAAAACUCUGCUUUCACACACUGUUGGUUUGAUCACAGAGUUUUUAAUUUGCAUUUCAUUUUCAUGAUUUUCACUAAUUCCUCAAGUAUCAUAUUUUCAAUGCCGUGCCUUCUGAAUAGACUUUGAUAACAAAAAGUAAUGUAACAUGCAAUUGCACUGUCAAUUAUGUGGCUAUUAAAAUUACCUUUGGCAACUUGCAGAUGAUAAA